AUGACUGCUGACAUUACAAAAAUGUACCGUCAAAUCGAAGUUGACGAGGCAGAUCGCAAUUUCAAGCUUAUUCUCUGGAGGAAAAAACCUACGGAUCAGAUUAGCGUUUAUAAACUGAACACAGUGACAUAUGGUACGUCACCUGCUCCUUUCCUAAACUACUUAAGUGACCUGUACAAGAAUUCUCAUUCAGUUGGAGCAAGGGUUAUCCGACAUGACUUCUAUGUCGAUGACCUAUUGACUGGAGCUGACAGUCUGAAGGAACUGGAAACAAUUCGUACCCAAUGUACUGAAAUUCUUGAUGCGGCUGGACUUAAAUUAGCGAAAUGGUUUUCAAACCAUAAAACGUAUGACUCGUCAGACUUCUUUCUAAAUGUUAAUAAUACUGAUUCCACAAAGGCGCUAGGUAUACACUGGAUUCCCCAAAAUGAUACGCUUAAGUUCCAUGUAGACGAAAAGUUUCAUGACUUGCGAGCAACAAAAAGAAACAUACUAUCAGUAUCAGCUCGACUCUUCGAUCCCCUCGGACUAGUAUGCCCAAUAGUGACUAAGGCAAAAAUUUUAUUGCAAGAACUUUGGCUUCAGAAGCUUGACUGGGAUGAGUCAAUUCCUAUGCAUCUCGAUUCUAGCUGGCAAGCAUUUAAAAGCAACCUGACUCAGAUGGACUCUAUUUCCAUUCCGCGGUAUGUUCAUAUUCAUUCAAAUAUAAAAUGCGAUAUUCACGGUUUCGCCGAUGCGUCAAUGAGAGCGUACGGCUGUUGCAUCUACGUCCGAAUUCAUGAUUCGAAUGGGAUUCAUUCUGAAUUGUUAACUGCCAAAUCUAAGGUUGCUCCUUUAAGCACAAAAUCAUUACCCAGAUUAGAGCUGUGUGCCGCUCAUUUAUUGGCUAAACUAUGGUCUCGAAUUCAGCAGUUGAUUACUUGCGAAAUCGGGAAUGUUUAUUUUUGGACGGACUCUGAAAUUACACUUCAUUGGAUUAAAACUCACCCAUCUACUUUAGCAACAUUUGUAGCAAACAGAGUUGCAGAGAUCCAAGAAUGGACGAGCGAAGUUCUUUGGAGACACGUUCCAUCAAAGCUAAAUCCUGCAGACUUAGUCUCCAGAGGAUGUGAUGUAGAUGAGUUGAUUCACUCAAUUUGGUUUCGUGGUCCAUCAUAUUUGCUUCAAGAUGCCACUAACUGGCCAAAAAAUAGUCAUUUUCCACUAUCAACAGAUGAGAAAAGUUUAGAGAAACGAAAGGUCAAGGUCGGACUUUUAGCAGUUGAAAUUGAAACUAAUGUCAUUUCAAAACUAAUCUGUAGCCAAUCAUCUUACCCAAGACUGCUGAGAAUUUUCGCGUACAUUCUACGUUUUAUCACUAAGAAAAAUGAGAGAGCCAACGCUCUUAUUCCGACAUCAAAGGAGCUUAAUUGGGCAUUCUUGAAAAUCGUUGAAUUUAUUCAAAAUCACGAAUUCAAGGAAGAAAUCGAAAAAAUGAAGAAGUCGCAUAAAUUACCAGUCAGCAUUCAAAAACUAACUCCAUUCAUUCAUACAGUCCAAGAUGGUUCUCGAACAUGCAAUUUGCUUCGUGUAGGAGGUCGUCUACUAAACGCACCACUGUCUUAUGAUUCAAAAUUUCCCUUGCUGUUACCUAAAAAAUUGCAUUUUGUCGAGAUUUAUUUACGAUUUCUCCAUACAACCAAUUGUCAUGCUGGUCCAAAAGCCUUAGAAGUGCUGCUUCGUGAAAAAAUUUGGGUCAUAAAUUCAAGCAAGGCAUGCAGUAAAACCGUAAGAGCAUGCAUACAUUGUUUUCGAUACAAACCUAAGCUGUUGACCCAAGUAAUGGGAAACUUACCUGCAGAUCGGUUAAAGGCACUACGACCCUUUUUAAUUAGCGGUGUCGAUUUUUGUGGGCCUGUAUACACCACUUUGAAAAUUCGUGGUCGACCACCAGUUAAAAUGUAUAUCGCAGUGUUUGUUUCACGUCAAAGGCUAUACAUUUAG